AUGGCCAGCAACCAGGAAGACCUCCAGCGGAGGCCCGUCUAUCUAUACGACAUCGACCCCCAAAUUCUAAACACCAUUGCUCUCAAGUCAGAUACUGGCAUUACAGACGAACCAGUCGCCGAAAUCGCCAAGCAGACAACCGAUUCCGCAGCAGCUGAACCCACAACCUCGGGGUCUCAAGCCAGCUGUUCGCUAUGCGGCCUCAAAUUCGAUCAUGUCCAGGAACAACGGAGUCACCUGAAGACCGAUUUUCAUCAUUACAACCUUAAACAAAAACUCAACGGUCUUGAACCAGUAACCGAGGCCAAGUUCGAGGAGCUCGUCAACAACCUCGACGAGAGCAUUUCAGGCUCGGACCAGUCAGACAGUGAGGAUGAGGAAGAGGGUCAGGACAAAGACACGCACAUGUUAUCUGCACUCUUGAAGAAGCAGGCCAACAUUGCAGGAAAGAGGGCAAAGGAGGAUGGCGACGAUGAAGAGGACGGAGGGAAAGCAAAGACAUCAAACGGAUCACAGCCAUUGCUCUGGUUCACAUCCCCAAAGUUACCAGAGAACUCCUACUAUGGUGUCUACAAAGCCAUGUUGACCCAGGAAGAGCUCAAGAAGGAGGACGCUAUCGUGGACGCCAUCAAAUCCAGGCAACUGGCGCCCAUCACCAUGGGCAAACCGCCAAAGGACGCCAACGACCUCCCACCAAAUUACACCGGCAAGCACAUCUUCAUGUGCAUGAUCGGCGGCGGACAUUUUGCCGCCAUGAUAAUCGCUUUGAACCCACGCAAGACCAAGCAUGGAACUACUGGACCUCUGAACAAGGAAGCCAUCGUACUGGUCCACAAGACCUUCCACAGAUACACGACCCGUCGCAAGCAGGGUGGCUCGCAGUCUGCCAAUGACAAUGCCAAGGGCGCUGCCCACUCUGCCGGUGCCAACCUCCGUCGAUACAACGAGCAGGCUCUCGUCGAGGAUGUUCGCGGCCUGCUGGCCGAAUGGAAGGGACUCAUCGACACAUCCGAGCUGCUCUUCAUCCGCGCCACAGGCUUAACCAACAGGAGGACAUUAUUCGGCCCCUACGAUGGACAGGUCUUGCGAGCGAACGAUCCCCGCAUUCGUGGUUUCCCCUUCAUGACCCGCAGAGCUACUCAGAACGAGCUCAUGCGCGCCUUUAUCGAGCUCACCAGGCUCAAAGUACGACAGAUCGUCCCCGAGGCAGCCGCCCCAACUGCCGCCGAGUCAUUGAAAAGACCAAAGAGCCCUAAGCCGGCCGCGGCAUCGAAGCCGACACUGUCCGAGGAGGAGGAGACACUUCUCUUGCAUACCCAACAGAUCCAAGCCCUGGUCAAGCGCUCCAAGGUGCCCGCUCUUCUGUCCUACAUCAGCACCAACGACAUUUCUUUGAAGGAGUUCCGCUUCUUCCCAGCAGACCACCACACACCCACGCCCCUCCACCUCGCCGCAUCCCAAAACUCGGCGGCGCUCGUCACAGGCCUCCUUACCCGCGCCGGCGCGGACCCUACCAUCCCGAACGGAGACGGCAGAACUGCCUUUGAGCUCGCCGGCGACCGGGCCAUCCGCGAUGCCUUCCGCGUUGCCCGUUCGGAACUCGGUGAAGAAAAAUGGGAUUGGGAAGCCGCCAAGGUGCCCGUCGGGCUAUCGCGGGAUGAGGCGCUGAAGAGGAUGGAGAGGGAAAAGAACGAGGCAAAGGAGAAGGAGGAUCAGCGGAGGAAGGCGGAGGAGGAGAGGCUGAAGAAGGAAGGGCCCAAAGCGGAUGCCCCGAAGAGCGGGAAAAGAGCGGGCGGAAGCGUGUUGGCGGCUGCGAUGAAGUUGACGCCACAAGAACGGAGGGAGGAGGAGGCCAAGGGACUCACGCCGCAGAUGAAGAUGAGGUUGGAGAGGGAGAGGAGGGCGAGGGCGGCGGAGGAGAGGAUUAAGAGGUUGCAGGGUGGGCAGUGA